AUGUUCCAGUGGAACUGGGGAAUCAUGUUGCUCUUGGUCUUUGCCGUUGGUGUUGACGGCAUGGAGGCCAAACAGGAGCCGGCAGAUGCCGACGAACACGAUUUGGAUGAUGAGUUCCUUGCACAGGUUCUCAGCGCAAGCCUCGGUGACCCGUGCAAGGUGGAAGAUCCGGCCUCAGAGGCUGUUGUCGCAGCCCCUGACGACCCUUACCUGGGUGGCAUUGACCUGGAUGACCUGGACGAGGUCAUCCGGGAGGGCGCUUCUCCUGUUGAGGGUACGGAAGGUGAGGAUGUUGGUAAUGGUGUCGUGGAAGCUGAGGAGAUUGCAGCUUCGCCCGACAAUUCGGACGACGGGUCCGUGGAAAUGGGCGAAGAGGUCCCAGGGGCACCAUUGCCGAACCCGUUGGGGGCAUUCCUGGCAGCCACUGAACACAUCGAUGUUGACCUGUUCGCAACUUACGCUCAAAACCCAGGUCUCUGGCAUCGCCUCAUCACCAAAGCCUGGAAACAGGCUGUUCGGCUACACCACCCUGAUGCCCAGGGCGGCCACAACCAGUUCCUUGACCUGACCGAAGCUAAGGAGACCUUGCUUGCUUGGGCGGCUGAGUUCACAGCCGUGAAGAAGGCUUGGCCUCAAGCGCAUCCCAAAUGUUUCUGCGACAGCUGUCGCGCACUCAUUCAACGCAUGCUGCUGUGCCCAAAGUGCCUGGGCCUCAAAACCAACACCGGCCAUGCAUGUGGAGCCUUUUCAAAGCAGUUUGGGAUAUUUCUCCGGACCGCAAAGCAUAAAGCCACCAUCCUGCACCUAGCCAUGCUGGUGGCCCACGGCCUUUCCGAGGAAAAGGCGAUUGAGGAGGUGAGGACUCAGCUGGCAUGCGACCAAGAGGCCGCAAAAACCAGGGCUGAGCUGGAAUCGGAGCUCGCCGAACAGGAACGGAAAAAGCGGCGCCAGCAGCAGCUGGCAGAUGCAACCACCGCAUCGGGCAGUUUGGGAUCCACCGCAUCUCCGGCGGCCGCUGGAGCCGCAGGAGAUAUUCCCGACGUCCCUCCGGGCUGGGUCGCUCCAGAUUGUCCACCAAACCUGGCCCUGGACCACCCUGGCCCGACUCAUGUAUGCCCCGUCUGCAACCAUAACAGCAUCCAGUGGGAAGCGGUGCGCAUGGCCACGGGCUUUCUUAAGCCCUGGUUGCGCUGCACGCGCUAUCCACGCUGUCCGUUUUCCUACAGCCCCCGACGUGGGGUCCAUCGAGACAGACGCCACCCAGAUCAGCGACACUAA